AAAAAAAAAAGAAUUGACACCCGGCACAGUGAGGGGGCCUUGGGUCCAUUCUGAUUGAUCAGGGUCUCUGCUAUAUUUGAUUGUAAAUAUUGUGACUAUUACCAUAUUGGAGCAGCCUUGAACCUCACCUUCCUCCCCACCGGAAACCAGACCAUGGCUUGCUGGCCUCCUGCAUCCUGAGGAUGGCCCAGCCGGAGGACAAGGCCUCUGCAGGCCUCAUCGACGGGGAGAGGCUGGUUCCGCCACAGGUGAAUGGAGCAGGUGAGACCCCCUUAGGGGUCCUUGGGACCUCAGAGCCACUCCUUCGCCUGCGGAGGACACAGUGGGUGUGGCAGAUCCCAGAGCUGGACACUCCGCAUGCAGAAGCCCUUCUUGAGCAGUGGCUGCCUGGGAGUUUCCUGGUCACAGGACAUGACCCCCACCAGGUCCUGCUGUUGAGGACAGGAGUUUCAUCAGGAGAAGUCAGCACCUACCAGAUCCAGAAGCUUCCUGAAGGUGUGUCUCUGGAAUACUCGAACCUCUGUAUGCCGGACCUGCCCCAUCUCCUGGCUUUCCUAUCAGCCAGCAGGGAUGUUUUGCCCCGAACACUGCUCUUGCCCCCUCCCACUCUAAGGCCGGGAGACCAACAAAGAGGUCUUCCAAAGACUGGCAGUGUCCAACUCAACAUUACGGAGAAGGUGCUCUCCGUGGUGAACAAGCUUUAUCUGGAGACCCACAGAGGGUGGGGUUUGGAGCAGAUCACCCCAGAGACACCUCCAGAGACCGCAGAAAGACAGAGUUCAGCCCCCAGGAACCCUGCCCCUCACCGGGUCUCCUGGGUGGAAGGCCCACUCAGCCCAGAGGUAUGCCGUCCUGGGCCAACUCUAGCCAGCCUGGAGGAGGACGAAGAGGAGGACGGAGACGAGCCCACCUGCAAAGAUGAAGAGAAAGGACCCGACGAUGUUCUCACCCACCACAUCCGGGCUCUGGCCAGGGCCCGGAGCAGCUACGUGGGCCGGCAGUUCCAGGGCCUCAGAGCACGCCUCACCUCAGAUGCCAGAGGCCCCCACAGGCCCGGGGACCCGGCCACAGAGCUGCUUCAGGAUGUGCGGCACCUCCUUACUGACCUCCAGGAUCACUUGUCAAAGGACCCUGAUGUCAGGGCUGUCUUUGAGAGCAGGGGCCCCGGGGUCCCCCGGAAGCAUGAGGAUCUUGGCGCAGCGGUGGAGGCGGCCCUGUGCCGGGCGGUGCUGGCGCCCUUGAAGCCCGCCCUGUGGACGCGACUCCGCACGCUGAGAGCCCGGGAGCUGCGCAGACUGCGGCAGCGACAGAUAGCCCUGCGGGCGGAGGCGGGGCCUGAGGGGCAGGGCCCCGCCCCCGCCCUGCGGAGCCGCAUCCACGCGCGCCUGGAGCACCUCCACGCCGCCUGCGCCCCACGCCGCAAGGUGGCGCUGCUGCUGGCGGCGUGCAGUGACGUUUACGCGGGCCUGACCCAGGGCGAGAACCAAGAGCCUCUGGGGGCCGACGCCUUCCUCCCCGCGCUGACGGAAGAACUGAUCUGGAGUCCGCACAUUGGGGAGACGCAGCUGGACGUGGAGUUUCUUAUGGAGCUCCUGGAUCCCGACGAGCUGCGGGGAGAGGCCGGAUACUACCUGACCACGUGGUUUGGGGCGCUGCACCACAUUGCUCACUACCAGCCCGAAGCGGGCCGCGCACCCCAGGGGCUCAGCUCGGAGGCCCGUGCCUCCCUGCGCCAGUGGCACAGCCGGCGAACCCUGCACAGACCAGACAGACAGGACCCAGGAGCCCAGGUCCGGCUGCCGUUUGAGGAGCCAUGGGCAAGAGACACCGUGCCGGAGACCGACUAUGAUAAGGGGUCCCCACACCCUCCUGCUCCUCAGGCAUGAUUCAGGAGGCGCCAGGCCAGCACCGAUUUCUGACCCCUUGUUGAUUAGGGUGCAAGGAGGAGGCGAGGUUCCCCGUACAGAGGCACCUCUGGGCCUUUGCACUGGCUACUCCGAUCUCUGGUAUUUAUAGUGCUCCUUCCCUCACCUCGGUGAGGCUCUGGGGUCGCCCUGUGUAAAACUGCAUCUCUUCUGGCCAACUCUCCCCUCCACCAGCAGAAUAAUGCUCCCCGCAAAACAUCCACCUCCUGAUCCCCAGAAAUCCAUGAACGUGUUACCUUAUGUGGUAAAAGGGACUUUACAUAUGUGACCAAAUUAAGGACCUUGACAUCAUCCUGGUUGACAGGUAUCAUCACGAGUCCUUCCUUCAAGAGGGGAGGCUGGAGGGUCAGGGUCAGAGGAGAUGGGAUUUUGUGAGAAGAGGUCAGUGUGAUGUGGCCAGGAGCCAAGGCGUGCCUAGAAGCUGAAAAAGACAGGGAAUGGAUUUUCCCCUGGAAACUUUAGAAGGAACUCAGCCUUCGGUUUUAGCCCCUAAGACCUGUUUUGGACUUCUGACCUUUAAAAUGGCAAGAUAAUAAAUGGCUGGGCUUGGAGCCACUACAUUUGUGGUAAUUUGUUACAGCAGCAGCAGGAAGCUCCCGCACUCUCUUACCCUGAUCUUUCUUUUUUUCCAUAGAAAUUGGCACUUCCUAACAUGCCAUAAAAUGUAUGUAUUGAUUGCG